GCAAUGUGCGACAAAACAACCUUCGGUAAAAAAUCACUGAAUCUUUGUUGGUAACAAUUUUGCUUAAAGGAAUUUUUCCAUGUAUCACAUUUUUUUAAUAAGAAGUUUCUGACUAAUUUUUCGUACAAUUGUCUUUUGAAAGUGCAUAUAGGUGGUUAAAAGGACAACACUCAGUUCUUGAACAUCUUGUAUUAUCUCAGCUGUGGAAGGUUUGUGAAUUCUUCGAAUGUGGUUACCAGUAUCGACUAUUGCAGCGUUAUGUGUCCUGAUAGAUAUAUCGGAUGGCAUUCCAUCUGAAAAUGAUUUAGAAAAUGUGUUCAAAGAACGAACACAUUCAGAUUGGAAGAAUGCUUGGCAUCAAGAAAAAUAUUCCAGGUGCAGAGAUCGUCUAAUAUCUCACCUGUACUGGGCUUGCGAAAAAGACAUUUAUAGGCUGUCAAGAAGGAGCGAUCCCAGCUUCAAAAGAUAUAAUGACUACGAAGAUGUCUUCGAAGUUGGAUUUCCAUGGCAAACGAGAAAUAAGGCAAGAAGGAUCGUUAGAUUCAGACGAAGCUUGGAUAAGAGGUCAGCAUCGAUCACGAACGAAUGUUGCAAAUCGACGGGGUGCACUUGGGAAGAAUAUGCGGAAUAUUGUCCUACUAAUAAACGUUAUACAUCUUAUGUAUAAAUUAACAACAGAUUAAAUCAAUUAUCAACGUAGAUUACUAUAUCAUUGAAUUUAUCAACUAAAAAAUUAUAAUUAUU